AUGGCACCGCGCGAGGACCUCGUUUCUUCAGCCGUCACCUUUCUUCAAGACCCGUCGGUCGCAUCCGCCCCCUUGGAGAAACGGAUUGAGUUCUUGAAAUCGAAAAAUCUCACCCAGGAAGAGAUUGAUUUGUCUCUUGCACGCGCUAGCACCGAGCCUUCUCAGUUACCUGCGCAGAAUGCCCCAUACUAUCCACCUGCUCAACAGGGUCGAGGGCCACCCGGUCCACGAUAUCCAUAUCCCUACAACCCAUAUGGCGAUUGGCAACCUCCACCGCCACCUCCUGAGCCUCCGAGAAGAGAUUGGCGAGACUGGUUCAUCAUGGCGACGGUGGUUGGAGGAGCCAGCUAUGGUCUCUACGUGCUUGCCCAGAGAUAUAUCAAGCCUCUCAUAGCACCACCCACGCCACCCCAGCUCGAACAAGACAAGGCGGCCAUUGACGAGCAGUUCAACAAGGCAUUCGCACUGCUGGAUACCUUGUCGUCCGACACGGCUGCUUUGAAGGAGGCGGAAGAAGCCCGGACACAGCGACUGGAUACUACUAUCGCGGACGUCGAGACCAUCGUGGCAGAGUUGAAGGCCGCGAACGUACGGAGAGAAGACGACGCGCGGCGGAUGGAGGCCGAAUUGAAAAACAUGAAAGACAGUCUACCCAGGUCGAUUGAAAAUGUCAAGGAGGCGAGUGAAAGGCAGUUGAAAGAGCUGAAUACGGAAUUGGGGAGCUUAAAGUUGCUGUUGGGAAACCGUAUGGGUGGCUCCAGCGGGUUUAGCACCGCCGGUCCUGCUAUCCCACGGACCCAGCCUGGUACAGUUCCGAACGCCAACAGUGCUGUCGGGACUCCUUCGAUCGACGCUGUUCCCAACAACAGCACCAAUCUAGCCAAUCCACGACCAACGUCUUUCACAGGUGCCGGCUCAACGUAUCCUGCAUCUACGUCUGUGCCAGCUUCUUCGACGGGAACACCUCGACCAGCAUCCGCGGCACCGUUUGCGUCCUCGGGCAGCAAAGCGGCGAUUCCAGCAUGGCAGAUGGCCGCGGCUAAUAAGGGGAAGGAUCUCAACAUUGCAUCAUCUGCAGGUGCAGGUGGUGUCCCGUCUACGAAUGGGUCUGCUCUCCCGCAGCAGGCCGAUGGCGCAGAGGCGGUUGCUGCUCUUGCCGCUCUUACCUCGAGUUGA